AACAGCUAAAAACAGAAAAACAAGACUAGGCCUAGGUAACCACUGACUGCUCGUACUGUCUUUUUGGAAUUUCGUCGUAUUUUCCCUUCAGAGGUUUUUUUCCUUGCACGAUCCACGAAAAAAUGGAUUCUACACUGAAUUCUAACUCUAUGCAAUUUUGUCUUGUUUUUUCCACGCGCUGAAGAAUUAUAGUUUAUAUCAUUUUUAAAAUAUCUGUGCCAUAGGCUAUUCUUAGCCUUGUAGACGUUAAAUUUUUCAUCCUCCUCUAUCAGAAGCCUCAACAUCAAAAUCCAUGCUGCAAAUCCUCCUCCAUCAGAGAAUCCGGGGUUCAAAUCCCAUACCCAUUGCAAGGUGCCCACUACUCUGUGGACAAGCAGAUGUUUUCAAUGUUUUAUCCCAUAUCAUUAUAAUCUGUUAGAAGAGAUUAACAAGGGGGUUCUAUGUGAACCUCUUCAUUUCAAAUUAACAGCUCAUUAUAUUUGUACAGCAAAGCGGUUAUCAGCAUCUUUCUGUAUACAGGUUCAGGUGUAUACUUUAGUUGAUAUGGCCUCAAAUGGUAAUGCUAUGGAUCAGAAUCUUGGUUUGGAAGGCCCAACAAAUCCAAUGGUGACACCCUUACUUACUGACCUGUAUCAAUUCACUAUGGCAUACGCAUAUUGGAAAGCUGGGAAGCAUCUGGAAACAGCAGUGUUUGACUUAUUUUUUCGAAAGAAUCCCUUUGGUGGAGAGUACACUGUAUUUGCUGGUUUAGAAGAGUGUAUACGGCUUGCUGCAAACUUCAAAUUUAAAGAUGAUGAAAUCAAUUUUUUACGUACAAUUUUGCCUACUACAUGCGAGGAGGGAUUUUUCGUUUAUCUGAGAGGAGUUGAUUGUUUAGACAUCAAGAUAUAUGCGAUUCCAGAAGGUUCAGUUGUUUUUCCUAAGAUACCCCUCAUUAGAGUUGAGGGCCCUGUAGCGGUUGUUCAGCUUUUGGAAACACCAUUUGUUAAUUUGGUUAACUAUGCAUCAUUGGUUGCAACAAACGCUGCAAGACAUAGGCGUGUUGCUGGCAAUUCCAAAACUUUGCUUGAAUUUGGACUCCGCCGGGCCCAAGGCCCUGAUGGAGGAAUAAGUGCAUCCAAAUAUUGUUACUUGGGUGGAUUUGAUGCAACCAGCAAUGUUGAUGCUGGGCGGCGCUUUGGCAUACCACUCCGAGGGACACACUCUCAUGCUUUUGUCAGUUCAUUUAUGGAACUUGAUGAGAUCACUGAUCGGGCACUUCGUAGAUCUGAUGGAACAGGCACAUGUGGUGAUUUUGUGAGCUUAGCACAACGCUGGCUUAGCAAGUUGAAAGGAACAGAGUCUUUCAGAGGAAGAUUCGGUGAUACCAAUCAUAGUGAGAUGGCAGCAUUCACAUCAUAUGCUUUGGCUUUUCCAACCAAAUUUCAAGCUCUUGUGGACACUUACGAUGUUAUGAGAAGUGGUAUACCCAAUUUUUGUGCUGUUGCUCUUGCCUUGCAUGAGUUAGGGUACAAAGCACAAGGCAUCAGGCUGGAUUCAGGUGACCUUGCAUACUUAUCAAUUGAGACACGGAAGUUCUUUCAUGAUAUUGAAAAGGAAUUUGGUGUUCCUGAUUUUGGGAAGAUGACAAUCACUGCUAGCAAUGAUAUCAAUGAGGAUACUCUUGAUGCAUUGAAUAAACAGGGCCAUGAGGUGGAUGCAUUUGGGAUAGGGACCCAUCUUGUCACAUGCUAUUCUCAGCCUGCCCUUGGUUGUGUUUUUAAAUUAGUAGAGAUAAAUGGACACCCUCGAAUGAAAUUAUCUGAAGAUGUCUCAAAGGUUUCAAUUCCCUGCAAAAAGCGGUGUUAUAGAUUGUAUGGGAGAGAAGGGUAUCCUUUGGUGGAUAUAAUGACUGGAGAAGAUGAACCACCUCCAAAGGAAGGAGAGCGGAUUUUGUGUAGGCACCCAUUCAAUGAAUCUAAAAGAGCAAAUGUUGUGCCGAAACAAGUGGAGGAACUUUAUAAGUGCUACUGGUCGGGCAUUUCAGGUAAAGAAUGUGAACCCUUGCCAACAUUAGAGUCUAUUAGAGGACUGUGCUCAAAACAAUUGGCUCAAAUGCGUCCUGAUCACAUGCGUGCAUUAAACCCUACACCGUAUAAGGUGAGUGUGAGCGAAAAGCUUUACGAAUUGAUUCAUUUUCUGUGGCUUAAUGAGGCACCUGUUGGAGAGUUGCAAUGAAGGGUUAUCAUAUGCUUUUGCUUAAGGAGGCAGUACAUUUCAUUCAGUGGAUUAGUUUUAUUUAAAUACUAGUCAGUCUCACCAUUUAGAAAGAAAUAGAUAAGAUUGUCAAUAGGUUUACUUCCAAAAUAAUGACAACUUUACACCUUAAAAAUUCUUAUACUAAUUUUCAAAGAUAUCUUCCACUAAAUCAAAAUUAUGUGUUAUUCUAAAAAGUAAAUUUGCCAAAGUAGAAUCCGUUGAUGUUUUUUUUUUCAUAAUAUGAGAUGUUUGAAAUCUAAGAACAAGGACUGCUUGAUAUUAUUGAGUAUUUUUUAAUGAGUGGGACAUAUCUGUGAUGUGCUCACCAAGAGUAUAAGAUAAUGGGUGUAUUUUGGUUUC